AUGCCUCAGAGCAGAGAUGACGUUCUUGCUCUGCUUCAGCUGCCCCAGGUUGCAGAGGAGGCAGUUUAUACCGCUCUUAUAACAAUGGACGACGUCAACUGCAGCACCAUGCAGAAUGGCGACUGCGAAACAGCAAGGCAGGCCAGCGACAUCAGCUUUAGCACAAAUGUGAAGCCCGCCCCUGACCUGCGGAGAAAGAAGCUGCUGUGGCAGAACGCUGUCAGAAACGUCAUCGACAAGCACAACCUUUACUCACUGAGGCUUGCUGGCGGCCUGGAGAGAGGGAGGCACCGCAUUAUCGUUACCGAUGACUACAUCGCUGACGUCAACAGGCAGAUCCGAAACAAGGCGUCUCGCUCUGCGCUCUGGCAGAGGCGGCGUUCCUCAGUUGUUCGCGUCCACCCAUCGAGGCUCACCGCUUCCACACGCAACUUACACGACACGAUCAGCGACGCUGACUUCUUUGUGUCACCGGGGUCGACUGUGCGAGGAGUCUUCAUCCCCGCACUACAACACACAUUCAAGUCUCCAGACUUGGAGCAGCUCUACCAGCAGUUUUCGUCCGGAGAGAGAAGAACGUCGCUGGUCGUCACCAACGUUAUCGACAUCCUGACCAGGCUGCUCAUCUCGCUGCUGACAUGGCCGCCAGGCUGGUUGGGCCUGGCCUGUGAUUGGCUGGCUGCCCUGUCAAUUAUCCUGUGGGUGGGGAUCUGCAUGUUGGCACUGACCAGGAGGGAGGUGACGUCGUCGCCGCAGUGGCUGAGGUACCUGUCUGUGGUGAGCUGGCUGUCUCAGACGCUCCAGGUGUGUCUUGGCAUGUUCAGCUGGGCAGAGAGUGAUCAUUCGUGGUACGUCUUCUUCUCGCUGUUCUCCACCUUCACCCUACUGCCCCUCCCCCUACUCUGGGCCAUUGUCGCCGGGGCAACCACCUCUGGCCUUAACCUGCUACUGGACGUCUGCUGUCACUACGGUGACGACACCUUCAUCAGAAAGGUGUCAUCGAAGGCCCUGCUGUACCUGGCCAUGAACACUGCAGGUCUGUUUAUUCACUACCUGUCAGACCGCACACAGAGACAGGCCUUCCUGGAGACCAGACGCUGCAUCGAGGGACGGGUCCGACUGGAGAGGGAGAACCACAGACAGGAGCGCCUGGUGAUGUCCAUCCUGCCUCGGUUUCUGGUUCUGGAGAUGACCGCUGACAUGGCCACCAUGGAUGAAUAUUUGCUGCCUCACCAGUUCCACAAAAUCUACAUCCACCACUACAAAGAUGUCAGCAUCCUGUUUGCAGACAUCAUCGGCUUCACCUCUCUGUCAUUGAUUCUUUCGGCUCAAGAACUCGUCAGAACUCUUAACGAGCUCUUUGGCCGCUUUGAUAGGCUGGCAGAGGAGCACCAGUGUUUGCGUAUAAAGAUCCUGGGUGACUGUUAUUACUGUGUGUCCGGAGUCCCAGAGCCUCAGAGAGCGCACGCUCGCUGCUGCGUGGAGAUGGGCCUCAGUAUGAUCAGCACCAUGCGUUAUGUUCGUCGGGAGCUGCAGCAGGAAGUGAACAUGAGGAUUGGCGUCCACUCGGGUUCCGUUCUUUGUGGCGUUUUGGGUCUUCAGAAGUGGCAGUUUGACAUCUGGAGCUGGGACGUCGACAUCGCCAACAGCCUGGAGGCGGCAGGAGUGGCGGGGCAGAUCCACAUCUCGCGGGCCACUCUGGACUGUCUGGACGGGCUCUAUGAGACAGAGGCGGGGCAUGGCCAGGAGCGCAAUGCGUUUCUACGGAAGCACAACAUCGACACAUACCUGAUCCGUCCAGCGCAACGAGAGGAGGCGGAGCCGCCAAGAGCGAGGCGCCCGAGUUACGACGAGAUGACGACCUGGAGCGCCGAGCUGCCGUUUGGGGACAGCCUCGGGAUGAACUUUAUCCUCGCCACCUUCACAAACGGCUCAUUAACUCAGCUGCCCAAUCAUAUUGCAGCACAGCAGUCGGGGUCGCGGGAAGUCAACAAGAGGGUUCUUCGGGCCAUGGAGGUCCGGAGCAGCGAGCGAAUGAGGAAAGAACAAAUCACUAAGUUCACUCAGGUGUUCAAGGACUCCCACAUGGAGGGAAAGUACGCCCAAAUGAGAGACGAACUCUUCAAGUCCAACAUGGUCUGUUCCUUCAUUCUGCUGCUGCUGCUGAUGGUGGUCCAGGCGCUUAUUCCCGCCCCCCGGUUGUGUCCAAUGGUCGCUCAGUUCGUGGUCGGCAGCAGUGUUUACUUCCUGCUCCUGCUGCUAACUCUGGGGGAGGAGUUUAAGUGUUGUCCCGCCCCCCUGCAGUCCCUCUGUUGCUGGGUUCACGAAACCAAGAAUGCCCGCACGCUGCUCACACUCACCGCCAUCACUAUCAAUUUCGGUGUCGCCUCCUCUGACAUCCUGUGGUGUGAUUCGCCAGAAACUCACCUGAAUGGCAGUGACCCCCAGCUGGCUCCGCCCACCUCCACCUGGCCUGUCUUCAACAUCUGCACGCAUCCAGAGUACACGGUGCUGAGCGGAGUGGUCGCCAUGGUUACCUGCGCCGUGUUCCUCCGGUUGAGCUGCGUGUUAAAGCUCGUCGUCCUUCUGCUGGCCGCUGCCUUCUCCACCUACCUCAUCGAGACCCACAGGUCUCAUCACUUGUGCAAGAAGGGAGUGUGUGUAGUUCUCAUGGUGAUGUUUGUGGUCGCUGUGCUCUACAACAGCAGACAGCUCGAGGCGACGGCGCGGCUGGACUUCCUGUGGCGUCUGCAGGCGAGGAAGGAGGUGGAGGACAUGAAGGAGCUGCAGGAGCACAACGAGUGUCUGCUACUUAACAUCCUGCCUGCACACGUCGCCCAGCACUUCCUGCAGAGAGACCGCAAUGACGAGGAGUUGUACUCUGAGUCGUACGAGCGAGUUGGUGUCCUGUUCGCCUCCUUGCCGGGUUUCUCUGACUACUACGAGCAGAGGGAGGUCGUUCAUCGGCACGUCGAGUGUCUUCGUCUCCUCAACCACAUCAUCACCGCGUUUGAUGAGCUGCUGGACGAAUGUUAUUUCCAGGAGGUGGAAAAAAUUAAAACCAUCGGCAGCUCGUACAUGGCAGCUUCUGGUCUCUCUCCUGACAGACAGGAGUGUGUGGACAGCUGGCAUCACCUCAGUGAGUUGGUUCUGUUCGCGCUGGCAAUGCAGGAAACACUGACACACAUCAACACACACACAGCAAACAACUUCCAGCUCCGAGUCGGUAUCGCUCACGGCCCGGUGAUUGCAGGUGUGAUCGGCGCCACCAAACCUCAGUACGACAUCUGGGGGACGACGGUGAACAUGGCGAGCCGGAUGGAGACCACCGGAGUCAGCGGCAGGAUUCAGGUGCCAGAAUCCACCAGCUGCAUCCUGGUGGAGCGCGGAUUCUUACGGCGCUUCAGAGGGAACAUUCACGUCAAAGGCAUCAGCGAACGACAUGGAAAGGUGAGAAACUGUUUUUAUAUUCGUACGUUUUUCAUGAGCAGUCAAGGCGAACGGUCCAGUUGGGUGGAGCGAGGCGGUUGGCGGGGCUUCAGUCUGAACAGGAACACACUGGGAGCAGUGGUCUACAGUCUGGUUCAGGCCAGGAAGAGGGAGAAAAUGAGGGAGGAGAACGGUGGCUUCCACCCAGUGGAGGCCACGUAG